GAUUACGUUGUUUUUUAGUAAAGAGAUUCUGAAUGUUUUUGGAGUCGGACGAACUCUAUCUCUCCCUUUAGGUUAUCUCUGAGAUUCCUUUUAACUUUUCCUGCAGAGAGAUUGUCAUGAACAGUAGGAAACCAGACUUUCUCUACUCCAUCAAACACAAUCUGUUACCUUCAAAUUACAGACAUCCCCCACCUCUGAUUUAUCUCUGAGAAUUUCUUUCGAGAAAUUUUCCCGUAAACAGUUUCCAAUUUCGCUCUUCUUUUGUUGUAGUUCACGAUUCUAAAUCGAAUUCUGAAGAUUUUUCUCUUUAGAACUCUUCAAUUAAAUCCUACGUAACUAAUUUUUCUGCUUAGUUUUUAUCUUUCUCGGAUUUUGUUUGAAAAUUUUUGUAGAACUCAUGGGGAUGACAAUUUUUUGUACCUCGAAGUUCUGCCAUUAUAAUAGUAACACCAAGUUUUACUUCGUGCACACAAACAAAUUGUGUCGUUUAAUUUUAUCUGCUGAACAGUCUGUAAACUUGGACAUAAGAACAAAUAGAUAGGUUAGGAGUAAGAAUCAGAGAAGUUUUUUUGUGUUUGAGUGAUUUUUGAACCUAUUUUCUUAAGAUUUGCUUUUCCUAACUUUUUUUCAAGAUCAGAAUCAAGUGUAUAUUGAAAUUACCAUCUACAAAUCCAUGAUUACAAAAGGAAAAAAACAGUUUUAAGUUUUGUUAAAACUUUGAUCAUUUAUGAAGGUGAAGUUGUUAGAUAGAACCUUCUUUUUACCCAAUCGUACAUCAAGGCCGAAGAGAGAGGGAGAGAGAGAGAGAGAGAGAGAGAGAGAGAUUUUCUAUGUUUUGCCAGUUUUGAAGCUGCUGUCAUUUCUUGGUGAAAAAGAGUACAGAGAAAGAAGAUGAGUAGGCAGUAGGUUAAGUGUGAAACCUAUUUCCAUCCCAUCUGACCUUGGCCUUCCCGUGAAAAAACUCAUGGCCCGAAAUGUAUUUUAAAAGUCAUUUACAGUGCACUCCCUCUUAGGACGUAUCCUACAAUUCCACCACUUAAGAGACUAAAACCCACUUGCCCUGGUCUCCCUCAAGUCCCAAGGGGACCUCUACCCCAUAACCGCUAAGUGUGGUUUACGACCAAAAUCAACCUCCCACUGUAACUGCUUAUUCGUGUUGUGGCAGUUUUCGCUGUUUUCCGCUACCCAUUGUAUUAUAUCAAAUGUUCUGUAACGCGUUCCUGACCUCCUUGUUAUUGCUUGAUCUCGUUCGGUUUGGGGUUUUCUUGAAGGGAAAGCACCCAUUUGCGUUAUUUUGCUGUUAUUACCAGAUUUUUAUUCAGCUAGAUCUGGGGUGUGUAAAGAUCAGUGACAGAAAUGAUGCAGAGAACUUUCUCCCCUUUUUGCAGUUGGUAUUAUUCAGUUGAUUGCGGGAUGAGUGAAGAAAUCCAUGAUCGCCGGAUGUGUUCUGAUAUGAAGAUUUUCAUCGAUGUGGUCUGAUUUUGAUUGUGUGGAUGGAUAUAUUUGAAUCAGAUUCAAUAAGGAAUCAUUCAACAGGGGAAACCCCAAGGCUUCCACUGGGUCUGGCUGAGAGAAGCAAUGUACUCGCCACUCGUCGCUCUCGGACGAGGGAAGUUAGUUCUAGAUACAAGUCACCUAUUCCCUCAGCCCCUUCCUCACCUCGGCGCUGUCAGUCGCCGAACGCCUCCAGAACUUUGUCUGCUUCCUCCCAAUUGGAGCAGAAAAGAGCCCUGUCGGCUGAGAGGAAACGGCCUUCCACGCCAACUUCCCCGACGAGUCCAUCAACUUCGGACCAUGACUUAUCUUCUGAUUUGAGAUUGUCUUCAAGGAGAACAGCAGGCGGUCGAUCGGAAAGUUUAUGGCCUUCGACCAUGCGGAGUUUGAAUGUCUCUUUCCAGUCUGACAUAAUUUCUAUUCCUGUUAGUAAGAAGGAAAAACCAGUCCCUGCAUCUCCUUCUGAUCGGACGUUGAGGCCGUCGUCAAAUUUCGCUCACAAACUGGUUGAAACGCCAAUGGUUUCAAGGAAACCUACACCAGAGCGAAAGAGGAGUCCUCUUAAAGGAAAGAAUGUGCCUGACCAGCUGGAGAAUUCUAAGCCAAUUGAUGGCUUGCAUACCCGGCUUAUAGAUCAGAGGCGGGCGAGUAGAAUUGGUAGGAAGAUAUCAUUAAAUGCAUUGAGUCGAAGUGGGGAUCUUACCGAUAAAAUAAUUCGGAGCUCUCCUGGACCACUUCCUGGAAUUGGGUUACCUUCAUUGAGAAGAACUUCAUCUGAUUCUAUAAACAAACUCUUGCCAAGAUCUAAUAAUGAUUCUUCCAAGAUUCUUCCUCUUGAUGAUGGUCUUAGAAUGGAAGAUGGAACAAAUUCCGUUGACGAUUGUUCAUUGCAGGCACCAGGAAUUGGUAGGAAGAUAUCAUUAAAUGCAUUAAGUCGAAGUGGGGAUCAUACUGAUAAAAUAAUUCGGAGCUCUCCUAGACCACUUUCAGGAAUUGGGUUACCUUCAUUGAGAAGAACUUCAUCUGAUUCUAUAAACAAACUCUUGCCGAGAUCUAAUAAUGAUUCUUCCGGGAUUCUUCCACUUGAUGAUGGUCUUAGAAUGGAAGAGGGAACAAAUUCAGUUGACAAUGGUUCAUUGCGGACAUCAGGAAUUGGUAGGAAGAUAUCAUUAAAUGCAUUAAGUCGAAGCGUGGAUCAUACAGAUAAAAUAAUUCGGAGCUCUCCUGGACCACUUCCAUUGAGAAGAACUUCAUCUGAUUCUAUAAACAAACUCUUGCCGAGAUCUAAUAAUGAUUCUUCCGGGAUUCUUCCACUUGAUGAUGGUCUUAGAAUGGAAGAGGGAACAAAUUCAGUUGACAAUGGUUCAUUGCGGACAUCAGGAAUUGGUAGGAAGAUAUCAUUAAAUGCAUUAAGUCGAAGCGUGGAUCAUACAGAUAAAAUAAUUCGGAGCUCUCCUGGACCACUUCCAUUGAGAAGAACUUCAUCUGAUUCUAUAAACAAACUCUUGCCGAGAUCUAAUAAUGAUUCUUCCAGGAUUCUUCCACUUGAUGAUGGUAUUAGAAUGGAAGAUGGAACAAAUUCAGUCGGCGAUUGUUCAUUGCAGACAUCAAGAAUUGGUAAGAAGAUAUCAUUAAAUGCAUUAAGUCGAUGUGUGGAUCAUACUGAUAAAAUAAUUCGGAACUCUCCUGGACCACUUCCAGGAAUUGGGUCACCUUCAUUGAGAAGAACUUCAUCUGACUCUAUAAACAAACUCUUGCCGAGAUCUAAUAAUGAUUCUUCCAAGAUUCUUCCACUUGAGGAUGGUCUUAGAAUGGAAGAUGGAACAAAUUCAGUUGACGAUGGUUCAUUUCAUGAAUCAGGAAUUGGUAAGAAGAUAUCAUUAAAUACAUUAAGUCGAAGUGUGGAUCAUAGUGAUAAAAUAAUUCGGAGCUCCCUUGGACCACUUCCAGGAAUUGGGUUACCUUCAUUGAGAAGAACUUCAUCUGAUUCUAUCAACAAACUCUUGCCGAGAUCUAAUAAUGAUUCUUCCAGGAUUCUUCCACUUGAUGAUGGUCUUAGAAUGGAAGAUGGAACAAAUUCAGUUGACGAUUGUUCAUUGCAGGCAUCAGGAAUUGGUAGGAAGAUAUCAUUAAAUGCAUUAAGUCGAAGUGUGGAUCAUACUGAUAAAAUAAUUCGGAGCUCUCCUGGACCACUUCGCUUGAGAAGAACUUCAUCUGAUUCUAUAAACAAACUCUUGCCGAGAUCUAAUAAUGAUUCUUCCAGGAUUCUUCCACUUGAUGAUGGUCUUAGAAUGGAAGAUGGAACAAAUUCAGUUGACGAUUGUUCAUUGCAGGCAUCAGGAAUUGGUAGGAAGAUAUCAUUAAAUGCAUUAAGUCGAAGUGUGGAUCAUACUGAUAAAAUAAUUCGGAGCUCUCCUGGACCACUUCGCUUGAGAAGAACUUCAUCUGAUUCUAUAAACAAACUCUUGCCGAGAUCUAAUAAUGAUUCUUCCAGGAUUCUUCCACUUGAUGAUGGUCUUAGAAUGGAAGAUGGAACAAAUUCAGUUGACGAUUGUUCAUUGCAGGCAUUAGGAAUUGGUAGGAAGAUAUCAUUAAAUGCAUUAAGUCAAAGCAUGGAUCAUACCGAUAAAAUAAUUCAGAGCCUUCCUGAACCACUUCCAAGAAUUAGGUUACCUUCAUCGAGAAGAACUUCAUCUAAUCCAAUAAACAAACUCUUGCAGAGAUCUGAUAAUGAUUCUUCCCAGAUUCUUCCACUUGAUGAUGGUCUUAGAAUGGAAGAUGGAACAAAUUCAGUUGACGAUUGUUCAUUGCAGGCAUCUGGAAUUGGUAGGAAGAUAUCAUUAAAUGCAUCAAGUCGAAGCAUGGAUCAUACCGAUAAAAUAAUUCGGAGCUCUCUUGGACCAGUUCCAGGUAUUGGGUUACCUUCAUCGAGAAGAACUUCAUCUGAUUCAAUAAACAAACUCUUGCAGAGAUCUGAUAAUGAUUCUUCCAGGAUUCUUCCACUUGAUGAUGGUCUUAGAAUGGAAGAUGAAACAAAUUCAGUUGACGAUUGUUCAUUGCAGGCAUCAGGAAUUGGUAGGAAGAUAUCAUUAAAUGCAUUAAGUCGAAGUGUGGAUCUUACUGAUAAAAUAAUUCAGAGCUCUCUUGGACCACCUCUGGAAAUUGGAUUACCUUCCUUGAAAAGAACUUCAUCUGAUUCUAUAAACAAACUCUUGCAGAGAUCUGAUAAUGAUUCUUCCAAGAUUCUUCCACUUGAUGAUGAUCUUAGAAUGGAAGAUGAAACAAAUUCAGUUGAUGAUUGUUCAUUGCAGGCAUCAGGAAUUGGUAGGAAGAUAUCAUUAAAUGCAUUAAGUCAAAGUGUGGAUCUUACCGAUAAAAUAAUUCGGAGCUCUCCGAGACCACACCCAGGAAUUGGAUUACCUUCGUUGAGAAGUUUAUCUGAUUCUAUAAAUAAACUCUUGAUCUCUGAUAAUGAUUCUUCCAAGAUUAUUCCAAUUCAUGAUGCUCUUAGAAUGGAAGAUGAAACAAAUAUAGUUGACGAUUGUUCACUGCAGGCACCAGGAACUCCUAGGCUUGCUUCUAACGGCUUACCAGAUAGGUUAAAAUCAACACCAGCUGUCAGAUCUCAGUCUUUGACAUUACCUGGAUUGCGUCUACCUUCGCCCAUUAGAACGUCAGUGCCAUCAUCCUCUGUUUCUAGAGGAUCAAGUCCAGCCCGGCCAAGGCCAUCAACUCCUCCUCCUAGGGGUGUCAGUCCAUCUCGAAUCAGACCAACUAAUUCCAUUCAAUCCAAUAGUUCAACUUCGGUGCUCAGUUUCAUUGCAGAUUUUAAGGGUAAAAAGGGCGCUAAUCAUAUCGAAGAUUCUCACCAGCUGCGGCUAUUAUAUAAUAGAUAUAUGCAAUGGAGAUUUUCCAAUGCACGAGCAGAAGCUAUACAUGACAUGCAUAAAGUUGAUGCAGAGAGAACGCUAUGUAAUGUCUGGAAGGCUAUGAUACGUAUUUGGGAUUCAGUAACCAGAAAUAGAAUUGAUCUCCAUAUGCUGAAGCUAGAACUUAAGCUGAAUGAAAUCAUGAACGAUCAAAUGUCCUACCUUGAUGAAUGGGAUUCACUUGAGAGAGACCAUAUCAAUUCAUUGUCAGGUGUAUUGUUAGAUCUUAAAGCAAACACUCUCCGAGUUCCAUUAACUGCAGGGGCAACGGCAGAUGUUGAAUCAUUGAAAGGUGCAAUCGGCUCUGCUCUCAACGUGAUGCGAGUAAUGGCGUCCUCCAUAUGCUCUUUGCUUUCACAGGUGGAGAGAAUGAAUGGGUUGGCUUCGGAACUUGCGGCCGUAGCUUCACAAGAGAAAGCAAUGUUAGAUGAAUGUGAAUCAUUGCUGGCCUCAACAACAGCAAUGCAGGUAGAAGAGCAUAGUCUUAGGACACAUCUCAUUCAAAUGAAGCAAUCUUUGGAAAACACAACUCUCAAUCUUCUUCCCCAUAAGUAUAACUACCACACUACCUUCAUAACCCCUCGCCAACGAAGCUAACAGCAACAUAGUAACCUCCAAAAUGCCACUUGUAUUUGCUUCAUCCAUCUUAAAUGUAAAUUUGAUUAUUUAUUUAUUUAUUUAUUGAUUUAUAUAUAUAUACAUAUAUAUACAGCUGCAUAUAUAUUGGAAAGAACAUGCAGGUCAUUCCAAUAGCAGCCCCCAAUAGGAGUGUUGCAAUGCAAAUGAAAGUGAAGAUGGCAAUUAGUUCAUAUGUAUGAGGUUAGGACAUUUUCUUUUUGUCUCUCACCCCCCCUUAUUCUUUCGUGUUAUUUAGUUUCGAGUGGAAGUCUAGUCGUGUUAGAAUACUCGAAUAAGGUUUGUGAUAGUUCAGUCGAUAAAUGAAAAUCAUGAGAUGUAAAUGUAUGGUUGGUUUUCGCUACACAAAGUGAUGUUGUUGCUUAUUUAUUUGAUCUCAAUCAAUUGGAUGAUUUGUAACCAAAACAAGUCUAACACACCAAUGAAAGGUCAUUGUUCCCA